AUGUUGGCAUUGGUGGGGAGUGAAGGAGCUAAUACGAUGGAGCAGGAAUUUGAUUCAAAACUUAGGAUUCAGAACAGUGCACCUAAUCCUACCACUCAGAGAUCUAAGAGCUUCGCGUUCAGAGCACCCCAGGAAAAUUUCAGCAUUCAAGAUUUUGAAUUGGGAAAGAUCUAUGGCGUUGGUUCUUAUUCCAAGGUUGUAAGAGCAAGGAAGAAAGACACAGGAAAUGUAUAUGCCUUGAAGAUCAUGGACAAAAAGUUCAUUACCAAGGAAAAUAAAACAGCUUAUGUGAAAUUGGAACGCAUUGUCCUUGAUCAGUUAGAUCACCCUGGAGUGGUGCGGUUGUAUUUUACAUUUCAGGAUACUUAUUCAUUAUACAUGGCCCUUGAGUCCUGUGAAGGUGGAGAACUUUUUGACCAAAUCACAAGGAAAGGUCGCCUGUCACAAGAUGAGGCCCGUUUCUAUGCUGCUGAAGUUGUAGAUGCGCUUGAGUACAUACAUGGCAUGGGAUUGAUACAUCGGGAUAUCAAGCCGGAGAACCUGCUACUUACUUCUGAUGGACAUAUCAAGAUUGCUGAUUUUGGAAGCGUUAAGCCUAUGGAGGAUAGCCGAAUUACUGUUCUUCCGAAUGCUGCUUCUGAUGACAAAGCUUGUACCUUUGUGGGGACUGCUGCUUAUGUCCCCCCAGAAGUUUUAAAUUCUUCUCCUGCAACCUUCGGAGAUCUUAUUGAUCGAUUGCUGGACCUUGACCCAGGUCGCAGACCAGGUGCUGGACCUAAUGGCUACUCUUUGCUCAAAAGGCAUCCUUUCUUUGAGGGGGUGGAUUGGAAAAAUUUGAGGUCCCAAACGCCGCCGAGACUUGCUAUGGAGUCUAAAGGUCCUCCGAAUGGGCCUGAUGCUCAAGAACCUGCAUGGAAUCCAUCCCAUGUUGGCGAUAGUUCAGCUAGGACAAAUGAUGGAAACGGUGCUGCUACUUCCUCUUCUGAAGCUGGUAGCAUAACUAGACUUGCUUCAAUUGACUCUUUUGACUCAAAGUGGCAACAGUUUUUGGAGCCCGGUGAAUCUGUUCUUAUGAUCUCUAUGGUCAAGAAACUGCAGAAAUUAACAAACAAAAAAGUACAGCUUAUUCUCACCAACAAACCAAAGUUAAUCUAUGUAGACCCUGCAAAACUGGUGGUCAAGGGGAACAUAAUAUGGUCUGAUAAUCCCAAUGAUCUCAGUAUUCAAGUCACCAGCCCUUCACAUUUUAAGAUUUGCACUCCGAAGAAAGUAAUGUCCUUUGAGGAUGCGAAACAAAGAGCAUCACAAUGGAAAAAGGCCAUCGAAGCUCUUCAAAACCGGGGAGUUCGCAAGAUCGACGCCAUGGCUGUAAAACGAGUGAAAUGGCUGUUACUAGUGUUGUUAAUUUUGAUCUGCUUUCUCUCCUGUACUUCAGCCAUUUCGUCUUCAGGAAGAAGAAAAGCUUUGAUCAGGAAAAUCAACCACAGAGGGCCUUAUCUGGGGCUUAUUACAGUAUAUACCCCUGAAGAAGAUGCCUUUUUUGCUGCCGGUGCUUUCCAGCCUAGCCGAAAACAUCCUUAUGUAGACUUGUCAGGCCGGCGUUUUCGAAUAGGAAGGAUAGAUGGAACUAAAGUCAUUUAUGUCAGAUGUGGUGUGGGAAUGGUGAAUGCUGCAACAGCAACACAGCAAAUGUUGGAUGUGUUUGACAUGAUUGGAGUAGUACAUUUUGGCAUUGCUGGCAAUGCCAAUAGCUCCCUCUCUAUAGGAGAUGUCGUCGUCCUCAAACAAAUCGCUCAGACAGGUCUAUGGGAUUGGCUGAAACCCAAUGCAGUGACACCAGGGAAUGAUGUUGCUGAAUUAAACUUUGGAAGCUUCAAUAUGCCUUGUGGAGGAGGCAAUGAACUGGGGCACAUUGCGUAUAAGCCCGAGCGUUUCUAUUCAGAAUCAGGAGAGCCUGACACUGGACAAUAUACACUUUGGUUUCGGAUUAGUCAGGACUGGCUUGAAUUAGCUUCCAGUCUGGAGGAGCUAGAGAGGUGUAUCAAUUCGAGCUUUUGCCUUUCAGAAAUGCCCAAAUUAGUAGUUGGACUAAAUGGUACAAGCUCCAACUCUUUUGUUGACAAUGCAGCUUACAGAGAAUUCCUCUACAGAACUUUUCAUGUUUCAUCAAUUGAUAUGGAGAGUGCAGCCAUAGUCAUGACGGCCUUGUCCAAUGGAUUCAACGUCAUUGUCAUCCGCGGAUUAUCUGAUUUAGCAGGAGCGCAACGUGGAGACAAUCCAAUUAAGCUGUUUGGCCCUCUUGCAGCAUCAAAUGUUGCUAAAACCGUGGUUCAAUUUGUCAAAACAUUAGGAGGAGACCAUAAACAUUUGCAGCUGGCCGCGUCUAGAUCAUGA